AUGAUCUACCUUAAAUCGAUGCUAAAAGUCAUCGACAACUCCGGAGCCCAAAUGGCUGAGUGUAUUAAAGUGCUGAAGAAAGGAUCGCCUAAAUCUCCAGCAAGAAUUGGUGACAGAAUAGUAUGCGUUGUGCAGAAAGCCAAGCCUUUAGCUCAGAAUAUCACUGGUACUUCCAACACCAAUCGGGUCAAGAAAGGUGACAUUGUCCACGGUAUUGUUGUGCGUGCUAAGCAAAGAAAUAUGUACAGAGAGGAUGGAUCCACCGUAAGUUUUGGUGAUAAUGCUUGCGUUUUGAUUAACAAGAAUACGGGAGAGCCUCUAGGGACAAGAAUUAUGGCCAAUGAUGGUUGUGUGGGCAGAGAGCUGAGGGAAAAGGGAUACAACAAGAUCUGCUCGCUAGCCAGUAGAGUCGUAUGA